AUGGAUCGAACUCUUGCGCGCGCAGUGACCGAAAAGAAGCCGGUCCCCGAGAUCGACUUCACGCUGCACACCAUGGAGGAUGGCAUGCAGGUGUCGACAACGGAACGGGUUGUCAAAGAGGUCCAAGCGCCGGCUCUAAGCACCCCUCCCGAUGAUAUGUUUUGGUCUCCCGAAGACCCGUCCAAGCCCAAUCUCCAAUAUCUGAAGCAGCACCUCUAUCGCGAAGGUCGUCUCACAGAAGAGCAGGCGCUGUGGAUCAUCCAUGCCGGGUCGGAGAUUUUGCGAUCGGAGCCCAAUCUCCUGGAAAUGGAUGCCCCCAUCACGGUUUGCGGUGAUGUUCAUGGACAGUAUUAUGAUUUGAUGAAGCUGUUUGAAGUGGGCGGCGAUCCGUCCGAGACACGGUAUCUCUUUUUGGGCGACUAUGUUGACCGUGGCUAUUUUAGUAUUGAGUGCGUUUUGUAUCUUUGGGCCUUGAAGAUCUGGUACCCAGACUCUCUUUGGUUGCUGCGAGGUAACCAUGAAUGUCGCCACUUGACCGAUUACUUUACCUUCAAGCUGGAAUGUAAACACAAAUAUAGUGAACGGAUUUACGAGGCUUGUAUUGAGUCCUUCUGUUGCCUGCCGCUGGCGGCAGUCAUGAAUAAGCAGUUUCUCUGCAUUCACGGCGGUCUCAGCCCGGAGCUGCACACCCUCGAAGAUAUUAAGGCGAUUGAUCGAUUCCGUGAACCCCCAACUCAUGGUCUGAUGUGUGACAUUCUUUGGGCUGAUCCUCUGGAGGAAUUUGGCCAGGAAAAGACCGGCGAUUUCUUUAUCCACAACAGCGUCCGUGGUUGCUCCUAUUUCUUCUCCUAUCCUGCAGCAUGUGCCUUCUUGGAGAAAAACAAUCUGCUCUCUAUCAUCCGAGCCCACGAAGCGCAGGAUGCCGGUUACCGCAUGUACCGGAAGACUCGUACGACCGGUUUCCCGAGUGUGAUGACCAUCUUCAGUGCUCCCAACUAUCUCGAUGUCUACAACAACAAGGCCGCAGUUCUCAAAUAUGAGAACAACGUCAUGAACAUUCGUCAAUUUAACUGCACUCCCCACCCGUACUGGCUGCCAAACUUCAUGGAUGUCUUUACUUGGUCUCUGCCCUUCGUUGGUGAGAAGAUCACCGAUAUGCUCAUCGCCAUUCUCAACACCUGCUCGAAAGAGGAACUGGAAGAGGACGACACCCCCUCCUCUGUAUCACCGACUGGCCCCGUCUCCCCUCCUUUGCCCAUGGAUACCGAGUCCAGCGAAUUCAAGCGCCGUGCCAUUAAGAACAAGAUUCUUGCCAUUGGUCGUCUCUCUCGUGUCUUCCAGGUGCUUCGUGAACAGUCAGAGAGUGUAACUGAGCUGAAGACUGCGGCUGGCGGUCGUCUUCCGGCUGGAACUCUCAUGCUGGGUGCGGAGGGCAUCAAGCAGGCUAUCCACAACUUUGAGGACGCCCGAAAGGUCGACCUGCAGAACGAGCGCCUGCCUCCUAGCCAGGAGGAGGUGUUUAAAAAGAGCGAAGAGGACCACCGUGCUGCGAUGGAGCGUGCCGAGCACGAGGCUGCUAACGAUGCCGGGCUUGCCACUAUUGCUCGACGAAUCUCCAUGUCCGCCGGUUCGGGUCGCAAUCGUCGCCCACGCGAGGCACGAGACACCCGGGAAGCCUAG